UAAGACUUUUCUGCCGCCUUGUAUCACUGAUCUCGACUCAACAUGAAGUGGCUCGUGGCCCUAGCAGCAGCUGCUGUUCUCGUAUCAGCGGUGGCCGCUCGUCCUGUCAAAAGGCAGUUUCGACCCCCUGGCCCGGACGGCUUCCACCAUCCCCCGCCUCCUGACGGCACCCGGCCUCCACCACCCGAGGGCACCAGGCCUCCACCGCCCGAGGGCACCAGGCCUCCACGCCCGGAUGGAUUCCACCACCCUCCACCUCCUGACGGUACCAGGCCUCCACCGCCCGAGGGCACGAGGCCUCCACCGCCCGAGGGCACGAGGCCUCCACCUCCCGAGGGCACCAAGCCUCCACCGCCUGAGGGCACCAGGCCUCCACGCCCGCCGCCCAGCAAAAGGCAGUUCCAACCCCCUCGCCCGGAUGGAUUCCGUCCGGAUGGAUUCCGCCCGGAUGGAUUCCACCACCAUCCCCCUCCCGAGGGCACCAGGCCUCCACCACCCGAGGGCACCAGGCCUCCACCAAUCAUCGACGGAUUUGCCUUGACCCGACCUCCACCUCCCGAAGGCACAAAGCCUCCACCUCCCGAUGGAACCAGGCCUCCACCGCCCGAGGGCACUCGGCCUCCACCACCCGAGGGCACCAGGCCUCCACCACCCGAGGGCACCAGGCCUCCACCGCCCGAGGGCACCCGGCCUCCACGCCCGCCGCCCAGCUGGCAGUAAAGAAUGAUUCAAAUAAAUUGUACUGCACAAUAUCUUAGUGUGUAUUUCUUUAAUGAUCUUCAAUCCAUCCACAUAACAAUUCAGGUAUCUUUUAUUAGUAACUCGGUACAACAGAAACUUCACUAAAGUUGGUCACAGAAGCGAGAUUCGAAGUUACGAAAAUUUUAUGAUUCAGACUUCACUCAAGAUCUGCUUGGAGAUUACUGGUUCAUAUAUGCAAGAAAUAACACAGUCAAUCAGAUAAAACAAGCACUGUAUAGUUUGACUAUGAACAUGACCGAAAAUUAUGGGCAGGGGGU